AUGGCCAUACACCCCAAUUUGCGCCCUCAAUCAGAUGCUCAGGGCCAUCUAUCCCCACAGCAGACCAUGGCCAUCUCGGCAUGGACAGAACAGGCAGCCGCAUCUCUAGAGAAUCUGACUAUUUCCGAGUCAGUGCCCGCCAACCAUGCGCCCACCCGCAGGACGUUGAACGGAGCUACAGUUUCGUGGUCAAUUCCCCUUGAUGACCCAGUUCCUAGCACCGAUCGCCAGUCUACAUCUAAAGCCAAGUUCUUGGGUCGAGCUUCGAACCAAACCCAGCAGGCUCCCUCCGUCACCUUUCGGCGCCGUGAGCCACUUCGUCGCGAUAGUCUGAAGAGGCGUGAGGCUUUGCUCAAGGGAAAGGAUGGCAGUCGCCGCAGACAACGCUGGGAGAAUGAUCGCCUUAUGCAUAAUCCGUGGGCGGAGCCACCUUCUCCCAAUGACUGGGCUAUACAACCCACUUACACUCGGCAUAACCCUAUGCCUUAUUGCUUGGCUCCUCUCUGGGAUGUUCACUAUGCACAUGCGGACCGUACGUCGUCCAAGCAGACAAUGAAGGGCACAAGGAGCGAGAUCCAUAAUAUUCCGAAAGAACUUCGUGUGAAAUUGAAACGCGCUCGUGCUGCCCGGGGCAUGCUCCAGGAUAUCGAGGAGGACAUCAGGCAAUUCAUUCAAAGAUGGAAUGAAAAGCAACUCAUGCUUCAUAGGGAAGGGUUGGCAGAUGCGCCUGAAGAACCCGACGGGGAUUCUGAGGAUGAGAUUGUCUUUGUGGGGAGAAAUGGCCAGAUGCAUGACUCACCCAUGCACAAGAAGAAGUUGCAGCAGAUGCGUGAGGCGAUGGAAACCCAUAAUGAACGUGACGGGGAAAAGUUGGUGUUCGAGAGUUCGGCUGAUGAUCGGGCUGCUGCUUUUGGACGCUGGCUUGUCCACUCCAUCGCGUCUUAUUACGGACUGCACACAUGGUCUGUCACAGUGGGAGAACCCGCCCGUCGUGAAGCAUACGUCGGAAUGUAUCCUCGUACCGGACAUUUUGGAGAGCCUGUUGACUCCACGACAUGCUAUCCAGACAAUAUAGUUCGGCCUGGGGCAGACCUUCCUCGACCCCUGUGGACACAAGUGUGA